AUGAAAUGGACGGUGAACACCAUCUGGUUUUGGAACCUUGCUUUGGCCGAUGUAACCUGCUGUCUUUUUAUACCAUUGUCCAUUGCUCAGUUCUUCUACGAGGACUGGCUGUAUGGCCCUGCUCUCUGCAAAGUUUUACCUGUCAUCGUCCACCUUACCAUGUUUGCCAGCGUUUUCACCCUGGUGGCCAUUAGUGUUGACCGAUGCCUCUUAGUUGUCCAACCCGUGUGGGCUCAAAAUAAGCGCAACCUUCGAAUGGCGUGGGUCCUAUGCGUGGUUAUUUGGAUGUUGUCCUUCUUGAUGUGUCUACCUGCUGUCCUGCACCGAAAGACCGUCUCAUCUCAUAACAUUACUUAUUGUAAUUAUGAAACUGAUAAUCACCUACACUUCAAUGUUGAUCAUGUGGCUAACAACACUUUUUGGUUUUCUGAUCCUCUCUUAAUUGUUUCCACCAGCUACAUCCUCCUGGCUUCUAAGGUUAAAAAUACCCGACUUUUGAAGGUCGGCAGAAAGACCACCAAGGUAGCUCUUGGCAUUGUAGUUGCAUUUUUUGCCACAUGGGCCCCCUACCACAUAGUAGGUGUGCUCUCGCUAUACUUUCAAGAUCAGUUUUUGGAAAGACUGGACGAUCUAUCAGUGGCCUUGGCCUACUUCAACAGCUGUAUCAACCCUAUAAUCUAUGUCUUCUUGGGGAAAAAUAUGAAGAGCAGGGUGCAACAGUCUAUUCGAAGGAUCAUGCAAAAUGCCCUCAGCGAAGAGGGCUCUAGAAGUACCGAGCGCACCAGGAGCAAACUCACAACAGAAGAUAGCAGGGCUGUCUGA